UUGAUAACGUCGAUCGCAGUCCAUCCAACGCUUCCUCAUAUGGUCUGCACAACGUCGAGGGAUUUCACCGCUCGAAUUUACGAUCUCACACAAUCUCCAGAUCAAGGGAUUAAUCAUAUACCUGGGUCGCACAAAGCAACCGAUCGUUUAUAUGGAGCACCUCAUGGCUUAAGAAUGGUAGAAUCUGAGGGCAAAGGGAUUGGUAGGUGCACUGUGGUUCUUAUGGGAAGUGAAUCUGGAGGGCAUGCAUCUUCAGUCCUCGGCGCUGCUUUCCAUCCCUCUCUGCCACUGAUUGCUACUUGUGGGCUGGAUCAUGCUGUCAAAAUCUGGCGUCUUCCACUUUCCGUCGAUGAAAAGCAGCAUAGGGAAGACAGGCCCGUCUUCAGUAGUAGUCGAAUUCACAAAUCUCGGGUUUUGUCCGUGGCUUGGCUAGAUCAGGAUAUCCUGCUUACACACAGUGCGCCUGUCUUGGUGCGAGAGGAGAUCGGUGAAUCAGUAGAGUUUCAUUAUGAAGAUGGAAUAAUGGCCGUUUGGUGCUGGCUAGGGCUCGAUCGUUACCUGCCCCCGGGUCAGCCUUGGAGCGAGAAAUCUGUUCCAGGUUGCAAAUCGGAUUAUCGAGAUAGUUUUUCGUUCAAAAUGCUGGCAAGUGCUUCUCUUCCUCAAGAAACACGCGAUCUCCGUGUUUAUCGGAUGCCCACUCGUGAUCCCCUGGUGAUAAUCUCACUACCGAGCUCAAUUCGACUAGUCAAUGUCAUUCAUCUUCCAAAACGCAAAGUCCAACCCUUUCCUCUCGAUAAGGAUGUACUGGCUGAAGCCACAGCACGUCAACUCGACGACGGGGAGGAGGAUGAGGUUGUUUCUGUGAUGGGCGCACAGAACAGCAAGCCUGCAAUGGUUGAAGGCUGGGAGAUCAGGGUUCCGAAUUUCACCCUCGAAUCGCCACAGCAAGUGCAGCACUCGAUAAUGGGUUUGAAUGGGUCCCUCCUUGUUGCAGCUGGUUCCAAGGGAACUGUUUGGUUUUGGCAGACGAAAUGAUCACCAUACUUCGAUGUCAACAUGGACCUAUAACCAUUCUCACAUAUAAAGGUCCAACAUUCAGUUAACACGUGGGUCGAUCAUGACACUUGAUACUUACCAUUUACUAUCUUGUUUUACUCUACAUUGUCUUGAUAUCUUAGGCCAAGUGUAUAACAAAAAUUCACUUCUCCCCUGGCUGGCAGAGCUAAGGGUUUUUUUUUU